UCUCCUUUUCAUCACUGUCCAAACAACAUAGAAGAUAUUUUUAGAAUUAUUCGUUUAUCCUUGCUACCAAUUUAUACUAUUUAAACAAUUUCUACUCAUAAUUGAACCACACUUCAGUUUGCACUGAGCCAUCAUGGAUCAGAUCAAGCACAGCCAUGUAGAAGUAAGAGGACUAAAGCUACACGUGGCAGAGACCGGUACUGGUGCAAAGGUGGUGUUGUUCCUACAUGGAUUCCCAGAAAUCUGGUACACAUGGAGACACCAAAUGAUUGCAGUUGCAAAUUCUGGCUAUAGAGCACUGGCCAUUGAUUUCAGAGGAUAUGGACUAUCUGAUCAGCCACCUGAACCGGAAAAAGGCACCAUCAUCGACCUUGUUGAUGACGUUAUUGCCCUUCUCGACGCUCUUAGCAUCAGUAAGGUUUUUCUAGUUGGAAAGGAUUUUGGAGUGUUUCCAUUGAGCCUAUUAGUUACCUUACAUCCUGAAAGGGUGUCUGGCUUUGCAACACUGGGCAUUCCUUUCUUGUUCCCUGGCCUUAUUCCUGUCCAACGCCAUCUCAUGCCAAAAGGUUUCUACAUAAACAGGUGGCAGGAACCUGGGAGAGCCGAAGCUGAUUUCGGCAGUCUUGAUAUAAAGACAGUGGUAAGAAACAUCUACAUUCUCUUCUCUAGAGCCGAGGUUCCUGUUGCUAGAGAAGACCAAGAGAUCAUGGACUUAGUUGAUCCUUCCACUCCUUUACUGCCAUGGUUCUCGGAAGAAGAUCUUGCAGCUUAUGCAUCUUUGUAUGAGAAAUCAGGAUUUCGAUUUCCAUUACAAGUUCCAUACAGGUCUAUGAAAAUGAGUUGUGGUAUCACGGACCCAAAAAUCACAAUCCCAGCAUUGUUGAUAAUGGGAGAAAAGGACUAUGUGCUAAAAUUUGCAGGCAUGGAGGAGUACAUAAGAAGUGAGAAACUGAAGCAAUUUGUACCUGAUUUGGAGAUCAUCUACAUUGAAGAAGGCAGCCAUUUUGUUCACGAACAAUUUCCGGAGAAAGUGGAUGAGCUCCUAAUCAACUUCCUUAACAAACAUAUAUAGUAACCCGAGAGAUACCGUAACCUAAAUUCUUACAUGCAAUUCAAAUUGCAGCAACAGUAAUAUUAACAUGUAAUCCCAACUGAAGUGUAUCUCAAGUCCAUAAAACAGAGUUUCAGAGUUCGUAA